AUGGCUUUGCUUGGAGAAAAGCAGAAAUACGUAAGUAAACAGUCAUACUAUGUGUGGUUUUUAGGAGCUAAAGAGAGCAAAGGAUUAAAGGGGGGACAGUACAUUCGUCCUGUUCUUUACGAACUUCUGGAGAAGGAACGGGAACUGGAACCAAUGAAAGUAACCCUUCAGGUUAGUAACAAAGGUCUUAAGAUUAUACAGAACGUUUCAAGGAAAAUCAACGGAGAGAAGAGUGAAUCGAACAAGCAUUUUAUUCCUAAGCAAGCCAUCACAAGUGUGACUCAAGAGUCGAAUCCACAUGAUGAUAUCGUGUGUGUUAUUCUUGUAAUAUACAAUGCACUGAUGAAGUGUGCAAUCCAUGUGUACGCCUAUAGAUGUGAUAGCGUCGAAACAGCCACAACGCUAAGAAACCAAAUCUCAUUGCUAAUAGAAAACCAGAAAAUGUUGGGAGAGACUGAGACACACUUGACAGCCAAGGGUUUUCUCUUUCCUCGUAGAAAACUGAACUCUGACGGACACAGCACAAGGACCGAUGAUUCCGACCAAAGUGAUGACUUCUUCAGCUCAGAUCAAGAUAUGCUUGGUAAAUGUACAGAAAAUAUCGCUAGUCCGUAUGACUCUGUAGCAGCCGAACUGCGUGAAAGAUUCAACAAUCGUAACUCUUGUCCUAUUCUACUUCCUCCUAAAGAUUAUGAUACGGUAUCAAGGAGGCAGGGUAAGCUACAAGGAAUCGAGGAAAGACGAAGUACACAUUUUCACGUGGUUGGAAUAAACCAGAGAUUAAAGAAUGGUCCAAUGACAAAAGGACAGAGAAGAGAGUCAGAUUCCAGUGGGAAAUUGAGAGGAAUUGGUGAAGUCCUUAGUCAUUCAAUACCCACAAAAACGUUUCUUCUAGAGAACGAGAUCAAAGGGAUUAAUCCAUGCAGAAGUUCGGAUGAAGAAGUUUGGCCAGCAGAAGAUAAUGAGCUAGAUAUACCACACUGUAAAGAAGGAUUCCCACAAGAACAUUUAAAACAACAAUCAUACUCAUUUCAUUCAAGUUCCAGGGCAUCCCAGGCCAUUUUACCCACACGUUUAGAGAAUCUUCAGGAAUCUUCUACGAACGACUGGUAUAGCAAAUUUCAAAACCAUAUAGGUUCCUUGGACAAAUCAAAGCCAAGCCAGGUAGCGUGUCUCUUUAAAAAAGAGAAAAAGACUUUAGAAGACAAUACCACCCCCUUUUCUUACCAUAUCCCUAAAAGUGUAGAUCUUUCCAUGUUGUUAAAGAAAAGGGAAAUGAAGCCUGAAUCACGAGUAGUCCACAGACAGAGAAGUGCAGCUUUGCCUCUGUUAGGGAAGAAUGAGAACAUCUAG